UAUCGUCCCCACACGCCAUUCAAUUGUGAAACUUCGAACGAGACGCACGCGCUGCUAUAAUGGCAACCACCGGUUCUAAAGUUGCCCUUCACGUUCUAAACGCAAUUAGUUUAAUAAUCGGUCUCGCGAUCGCAUCUGCUUCAAUAUGGUUCUUCUGUCAAGUUAAUGAAUUUACCAGAUUGAGGAACAGUAAUCAUUACUUGCUCGACUACACCGUGUACUGGCCUCAGGCCAUACCGUGGCUAUUCUUCUUCGUGGCGCUGUUCGUUAUCGGAGUUUCGGCGUGCGGUUUCGCCGGCGCCCGGAAGAAAAGUCGGGGCCUGUUAACUGUGUAUAUUACGAUGUCGUCGAUAGUGAUACUGUGUUUGGUCGCCGCUGCCGUUCUCUCCUUGGUUUUUGCUGACAACAAAUCAACGGAUGACUUCGUCAAGGACACGGUAUGGGACGUGUAUUUCCAAGCGAAAAUCGACACGGAAGUAGCCGAGUCGUUUGGUGUUAUCGAGAGAAAGCUGCACUGCUGCGGCGCUGAUAGCCCGAGGGAUUACAAGAACUGGAAGUCUGAGUUCCCUAUGUCGUGCUGUGACGUAUAUUACCACGGAUGGUUGGAACCUUAUACGAUUGAUUGCGAAUUCACGAAUAAAUUGGCCAAUGAGAGGCACGGGUGUUCUACGGUCGCCGCUCAGUACGCGAGAAUUGCCAUCAAGGUUUUGUCCGCUGCGUCUAUAUUUACCGCGUUUAUUGGCAUAAUGAGUGUGGUGGCCGCUGUUAUGUUAUCAAGAGCGCUCGAGAAGAGAAACCGUCCACCAGUCCAGCACGAGUCAGAGAGCAAAAAGGUUUUACUGUAGACUAAUGACGUAAGUGUUUCUAUGUAAUUUGAUUACGUUAAAAUGUCAAACAUUGUAAUGUAUCUUUUUUAAAAACAUUCCAUGAUUUGAAAAUGUUAAAAGUAAUGGUUCAUUUAAAAUAUUUUAUGUUUCAAACGAAACAUGUUGAAUGACUUGUUUCGUAACAAAACGAUGUUUUUCCAUGACAUACAUAACUAUAAAUGUUCAAAACAGCUCUUAAAAUAUUUGUAAAACUUGUUCUAGCAGACAAAUGAUUAUUGCAUUACGUACAAAAUAUAACAAGAAUGUAUGAUUUUUCUGUAUAGAAGUUUUUCUUUUCUCGUCUGAGAAAACAAGUAACUUCAAUAUAUGAAGGCGUUAAUUCAACGAAUAAACAUUCAGCAUACAAUAUGACGGAGCUAAUAUCACGCGCUUACGUGAAAAAAUAUCUUAAAGAUAGAUGCAUACUGUUAAAACGACAUGCUAACAAUAUAAAAGCUAGCGAACGAUGCACAUACAUUAUUGCCACUACCAAUACCUCGAGUAAUAUAAUUACAUUGUUAAACGUCUUAAUUACAAAAGCAAUCAACCUAACAAACAGAAUACUUAUUUAACGUUUAUUUUGAUUGACAUUUCGACAUUUGACAUCAAUAAAAAUUAGUUUGUAUAUAUUAUUGUAGUCUCAUUAAUGACUGGUAUUAAUUAUGUUAAUAAAUCGAAAACUAUAUGAAAUUAUUGGACAUUAAAGAAUUAAUUGAAACUAUUUUUCGAUAACUUGUUAAAUAUAUAUACAUAAAAUACACCAAUGCGUUGUAUACACUCACUGGGGACAAGUAUAAUUACAUUUUUAUUCAACAGUGUGCGUUUUAGAAUAAUUAAUUAACUACAUGAGUCAUUAAUUGACGUGUCGUUUUAACAGUCUGUUUCUAGCAAUCUUUAAGCUUAAACAAACUCAAAAUGUGGGGUAUGAUUUUUUAAUAAUAGUAUUACAAAAUAUUUUACUGUCUUAAGACUGUUAAUUUAAUUUGAAUAAAAAAUAAGAUAUAUUUUUUUUAAAUAACAAAUCAUAUGUAAAUAAUCAUAAACAUGCAUGUUUAAUUAAGAAGGAAUCUAGUUUUUUAAUUAUUUAUUUAAUAGUUUUAGUCUAAUAGAUGAUAAGUAAUCUUAGUAAUAAAAUAGUUUAUAAUAUAAUCGAUUUGUUAGAAAGUAGGGCGUUAUGGGUUUUGUUGUCCCUCUCCAACUCAUUUAAGUGUGAGGGAGACAGAUGUAUACAGUACCUUGUAACAAUGAUAGUUUUAUUAAUAAAGUGUGGAAAAGAAUCUAAGUAAGUCUGGAAAUAUACGUAUAAUGGAUGUCUACAAGAGUCAAACUAUUGUACAGUGAUUGAUUUGAUGUUAUAUUAUUUUAUCUAUAUAUUUUUGUGUAGCCGUAAGUUUUCAUUGUGUAUAAUAGAUGAUUAUCUAUGUAUCUUGUAUUGUGGUUGAUUGGGAAUUAUUAUUACGUAUUUUAAUAGUAUUAUACAAAGUAUAAAGAUUAUAUUUAAUUAAUAAUUAGUACAGUUUUAAGUUCAACAUUGCAUUUUGCAAAGGUGAUAUGCUUUAAGGAAUCUUGUGUAUUUUUUUUUUUUUUGGUUGAUAAAAUGGCGCUAUUUUUAUGAUUGUUUUUAUUAUUUAAAUACAUUUAAGUUUUAAGUAACGAAUUGUAAUUUAAUGUAUUAUGUAUUAUCGACUGCAGCCACAGUGGUUAUGGAUAUUUAAUUACUUUUGUGAUAAUUAAUUACGUCGAUAAAUGUUUUAACUAAA